GCUAACCGUUGGAAUCGACGACAGGAAACGACCACAUUGUCUCUGAUUGCUGCAUAUGCAUUUCCUAAUUACUCCGUGGUGACGAUGGAAGCGGACGGAUGAAGAACAGUGUAUUGCCGCUAUUUUAAUAAGAAUUGGUAUGAGUUGGCCCCUCCAGUCAGAAGUACAGUCUUUCCUGAAUUUGGCGUUCACUGCUGCAGACAUCCAGAUGCAAAAUACAUGAGCAUUAGUCUGAACGUUGACGAUGUGGUGAAUUUCACAACAGCAGUGUUAGAUAGAACACUGGACAAUCCUCAGUAUGAGUUAGCUUUAUGCCUUGCACCAAUUUAUGACAAUGAAACCAAGUGGUUAAUGUUGGCAGAGCUAUUUGAGCAUUAUAAACUGCAAGGAGUGGAGCAUUUCUACCUUUACAUCAAAGAUAUAGACAACUACUCUCGUAAGCUUGUCGACGAUUAUGUGAAGAGCGGAGAAGCUGAAGCAAUUUACUUUAGAGAAGAGCACGAUAGGCUGGGAUAUAAAUGGCAAUUUGCUGGAGUAGAAGUAAUGUUCAAAACACUUUCAUUAUAG